GGAACUUCCAGCUGAUUGCAGAUCCAGUUCCGUUUGAAACUGUGGCUGACUUAGUCCAUUCUGUCCGACUUUCCGAGAGUCCCAUGACCCACAGAAGUCCUCCCCGCUUCCAGAACUUAGUCCCCAUCUCCACAGAUGACUUGCCCACGAAGCUUAGGAAAGGAGAAACACUAUCCUUAAUUGGCUUUGAAGAGAGUCAGGGGAGGAGGCUGCUGCGAUGUGAGGUGCUGGACAAGGACCCUCCCCUGAGAAUGCUCCUGCCCAUGGACUGCAGGGGCUACUUCCAGGAGUGCCGGGAUGACCAGCUCUACUCCAUGGACACCAUCGUGCGGUGGAAGCUGCUUGCAGGGAGGAAGCGCAGGGUUAGGGUGGAGGCAGAACAUCGCCUGAGGCUUCUCAACCCCCUGGUUCCAGAACGCUUUAGUGGCCAUCUAGUUUUGCACCCCUAUUUCUCAGUGACGGCACAUCUGCCCGGUGAGAACCAGGUCAGCAUCCCCUCCGACUUGGACAUCCAUAUUACCGAGAUAACCCGCUUGGAUUGUCAGCCCCUCACACUGACGACGAUGAGACAAAUCUACGGUAUGGAGACAAACAGAUUCCCAGUGAGAAUUAAAAUAAUGAGUGUGGUCCUGUCGGAGAACAAGGCGUUGACGAAGCCUCUGAAGUGUGGGCAGCUCUUAACCAUCCUCAGGACUAAAGAAGUGAAAAAGUUCCUCGCCACGGAGAUUUCUCAAGGACAGAAAGGGAGGUGCUUUCUCAUCCCCUACACCUAUCAGGGUCUGGUACUCAGGAGGGGUCGCUACUUUUGUGCUGUUUCUGAUGUUGCUGCAGCCAUGCAACAUAGACAGCUCUGCUUCCGGUCCACCAGGGACUACACCUCCUGCCUGGGGCCUUUGGCAUCUUUCACAGCCAAUGAGUGCUUCCUGGCUCUGAAGAAGAGCGUGGUGUCUGCGGAGAUUGACAGAGAGCUGCACAGGGUGGAGGUCCUCAAGUGUCUGAACAUUGCCACCAAGGCCCACAUCAAACUACCCUUGUUCACAGAAGGAGACUUCCUGGAGCUGUUCGAUGAUGCUGGACCAGGGACCCUGCGGGAGCUGUGCCAAGUCACAAAACUGCCAUGCCAUGUCAGAGUGGUCAGCCCAGAUCUUUCCAUGGCUAGAGACCCUCUGUAUGGAACUGAGGAGCUGAGAAUUGAAAAUAUCAUCGUUGAACAGUGCCUCGUAGCCAAAGAUGAAGCUUCCCUGAGGGACACGGAUUCAGAAGACAUAUACAGGGACUGGCCAGAAACCACGUUUGAAAUCCCAAUUGAGAGGUCAAGCUGUGAGGUGCUGGUGGUAGAGGAACGUUCGUGGAUAGCUGAUGUCGGCAAAGAGAGAUGCAUGUCUCUCCAGAGCAUCCAGGAGAUCACUGAGGAAGAGUCUCUGGCCUUUAGCAAUCGCUUGAUUAUUCCCUGCCCACCGCCACCCCUUCCAAAGCCCAGAAGUUUGUCUUAAAACAGAAAAUGUGACUAUCAGCCCUUGCUUCGUUUCCAGGAUGCAGCAUCCGCACACUCAGGAACGGAGUAUUUGGGGUUGACUGGAACUGGAAAGCAGCCCCAGAUGUGGGGGCUCAGAGGAAAUCAGGGGUGUUACCACUCGGUGUUAUUUCCAUCUCUCUUGUUCAUUUGC